UCCCUAUUGAAAAUACUGAAAACUGGAGGUGGUUCUUGGAAUUACUUCAUCAAGACUUGGGAGAUUAUAAGCAAAACAAGCUCUGUUUCAUUUCAGAUAUGCAGAAGGGCCUAAUCCAUGCUGUUAAGGAAGUUUUUCCUGGUGUCCAUCACAGAUUCUGUGUGUGGCACUUAUGGAAGAACUUCAAUAAGCAGUGGAAAGAUCUCCAGUUGAGAGGGUUGCUAUGGGAGUGUGCAAGGUGCACCAGCCAAGAUGGGUUCCUAGAGAGUAUAAAAAAGAUUGAGAGGGUUAACAAGGAAGCUUGGGAGUAUUUAAACAAGUGGCCUAGAGACUCUUGGAGCCGGGCUUUCUUCAGCAACGCACCUAAAAUAGACAAUAUCUGCAACAAUGCUUGUGAAGUCUUCAACUCAAGGAUCAAAGAAGCUAGAGCCAAACCUAUCAUUACACUGUUAGAGGAAGUCAGACUGUAUGCAAUGAGGUCAAUCGCUAGGAACAAAGUGAAGCUUAAUUCCAACACUGGUAUUCUACCACCUAUACAGCGCAGCAGAUUGGAAAAAAUAAGGAAGGAGUCAAAGAGUUGGGUCCCGAUGUGGUCUGGUGAUUCUGAGUACGAGAAAUUCGAGGUUCACGGGUGGCCGACUAACAUGGUUGUUGAUCUGGGAAAGAGGCUCUGCACAUGUGGUUUUUGGCAAUUGAGUGGUAUGCCGUGUGUGCAUGCUUGUGCUGCAUUGGCAAGGGUUGGUAGAAGACCAGAGGAGUUUUGUCACCAGUGGUUGACAAUGGAGGCAUAUAAUAACACAUAUGCCUUCCAUAUCAAUCCAAUUCCAGGUCAAGCCCUAUGGGAAAAGUCACCACAUAACAGACCACAAGCACCUAAAUUCAAAAAGAAACCAGGUCCACUAACGAAAAAAAGAAGAAAGGAUGCAGAUGAGGAGCCAAGUGGGGGUAAAAAGGAGAGAAAGAAGAUGAAAAGAAUCUAUCAAAAAGGUCAUUGUCGUUAUUGUGGUGAAUCGGGACACACCAAGAGAAACUGCGGAAAGAGAGCUGCUGAUGAGGUGGCUGCUGCUGCUGCUAAGGCUGCUGCUGCAGAGGCUGCUGCUGUCCAACCUCCAGCUGCUAAUGGUGGUGAAGCCAGCGUUGUCCCAGAAGCCCCCACCGAAAUUCAACUUGAAGCCAGUCAACCACCAUUGUCACAAACCGAUGACUCUCAAGAGGUCUUGCCUCCUCUUGUGAGGCCACCAAAACUGCCUCCCAAAAGGAAGUCAUCCAAACAAGAAAAGGCAACUCCAGGAAGCAGCUUCCAAGCAGCAACCACUCCACCUGCUGCCACCCCACCAGCAACCACUCAACCCACAACUCUUCCUCCGGCUCAUCCUAUGCAAGGUGCAUCACAAGGGACCGUAACAAGACUUUUUAACUUCAUGAAGUUUGUUCCGAAUUCUGGAUUCAGACCACCAAGAAACAAAAAAUGAAGACUAGGUUUAUUAUGUUUAGGAGAACAUUAUUUUGUUUAACUUUUUUGAUGAAGCAGUGUACUUUCUGCAUUUAGAACCCAAGUGUUGGGGAUCUUUUUUGUUCAAAACUUGUGUUCUCAAUAUGUUGAGA